AUGUCAAGGUAUUACCUCCCAAACACAACUAUUAACACGCCACCAACACUUAAUAAUGUCUUGGAGAUCGUUAAAAAAGUUGAAUACACGACUGGACCAGUUACAUUUACUACUUCGCAAACGGAAUCAUCAAUACAUUUAGCAAAAUUGUUAAAAGAGAUUCUCAUUCUUCAUGAUAAUAUUCAAGAAGUGCUCACCAAAAUUAAAGAUUCUCAACAGAGUUUCGAUUUGGUCAAAAAGUCAGAGAUCGAAAAAAAGAUCAAGAUAUUAUCAAAUUUCAGCAAACAUAUCGCUUCUAUAACGUCUCACAAACAAUCUUUGUUGAUGAGACUUAAAGAACCAUUCGUCGGGGAACAUAUAAAUAUUGAACCAGAAUAUCACAGGCAUUUAUUUUUGAAUAAAAAAAAAUUUUUUCUUUUUAUUUAUGGCAAAAUUUUUAGAAUCUCAAAUUCUCACUUUUUUAUUCUUUUAAUUGAAAAUAGCGCACUUUCAGAAUUAUUUCCUACAAUUACACAAAGUAUCGCAUUAUUACCGAAUGAUAUGGAGAGUAUUUCAUGGAUAAGAAAUCAUGAUAUCACUGAUGAAAAGAUUGUAUGUAUUUUAAUCAUAACCUGA